AUGGACCACAGAUUGUUUGAUGCAGCUAAGGGAGACAUAUCAGCACUUGAGUUGCUCUUUCAGGAAGAUCCUCUGCUUCUCGACCGUCUCUCUCAGUCGUCUCUUGAGAAUCCUCUCCAUGUCGCAGCCUUCUCCGGACAAGCCGACUUCACGGCGAAAAUCUUGAGUCUCAAGCCAGGUUUAGCCCUGGAGGAGAACCAACGAGGGUUUAGCCCUCUCCACAUUGCUUCAGCCUCAGGAGAACUAGAAGUUGUGAGAGAACUCUUGAAAGUUUGGAAUCAUGAUGUGAUCUGCUUGUUGAAGGAUAGAGAGGAUUUUAUUCCUCUUCAUUACGCUGCACAGAGAGGAAGAAUGGAUGUCAUGAAAGAGCUUGUUUCGUCUUUCCCUGACUCACUCAUGGAAGUAACGGCUUCUCUUGAGACCCCUCUUCAUGUUGCGGUUAAGAACAAUCAAGUGGAAGCCACAAGGCUGUUGCUGGAAGAGAUCAAGACUCGUAAGAUGGCGCAUGCGCAGGGGAUCCUUAACCAAGAAAACCGAGAAGGCAAUACAGUCUUGCAUCUUGCAACACUUGGGAAACAGCUUCAGGCAAGGUUGUUCAAAUCUUUCAGACAGCUGAAGCAAAGAACGCAAGAGACAAACGCAGAAACCCUAAAACCAAUUCGACCUAGUAAACUCCCUUGUCGUAUGAUACGGAAUUUUCUACACUACGAGAUCUCUAACUCCACUCUUGAACAACGCGAGACACUAAUGAUCGUUGCAGCACUCAUAGCAACACUUACGUUCACUGGAAUCCUCCAGCCUCCAGGAGCUUUCAAGAGUGAAGACGCUAGUGGUGGUGGUUCUGGUCCACAGAACAACAACACAACAAGCACGACAGGACUUUCACGAAUCAUAGACAACGUUUUCGGUCCGAGGAACAGCACAGCAGGACAAGCAGUCAUGGCGAGCAGAACAAUUUACUUCACUCUCUACGCUUCUUUCAACGCGAUUGGGUUCUUGGUUUCGGUUGCUAUGAUCUCUCUGCUCACUAAAGGGUUCCCUCUGAGAAAUUGGAUGAGGCUUUGCAUUAUCUCGAUUGUGGCUACUUAUUUGAUUGCAAUCGUCUAUAUAGCACCAGAUGAGGAUGUGUUUUGGGUGGUGGUUUUAGGAGUCUCGUCGAUCUUGGUUCUUCGUGAGCUUUAUCUCUUCUUCAAAUCGUUGAUCAAAGGGUUUUCGACUGCAAAGAGUCUCUAUUUCUCUUCUUAG